GGAGCCGGAUCCGAGCCCACGCUGCCGCCACCGCUGCCUCUCCGCGCCCGGGCCCCUGCCGCCGCCGCGCCCCCCGCGGGAGAUGGAACAGCGGAACCGGCUCGGCGCCCUCGGAUACCUGCCGCCGCUGCUGCUGCACGCCCUGCUGCUCUUCGUGGCCGACGCUACAUUUACCGAAGUCCCCAAAGAUGUGACAGUACGGGAGGGAGACGACAUCGAAAUGCCCUGCGCGUUCCGGGCUAGCGGAGCCACCUCGUAUUCGCUGGAGAUUCAGUGGUGGUACCUCAAGGAGCCGCCCCGGGAGCUGCUGCACGAGCUGGCGCUCAGCGUGCCCGGCGCCCGGAGCAAGGUAACAAAUAAGGAUGCAACUAAAAUCAGCACCGUGCGCGUCCAGGGCAAUGACAUCUCGCACCGACUACGGCUGUCGGCCGUGCGGCUGCAGGACGAGGGCGUGUACGAAUGCCGCGUGUCGGACUACAGCGCCGACGACACGCAGGAGCACAAGGCCCAGGCGCUGCUGCGCGUGCUCUCGCGCUUUGCGCCGCCCAACAUGCAGGCCGCCGAGGCCGUGUCCCACAUUCAGAGCAGCGGUCCGCGUCGCCACGGCCCAGCCAGCGCCGCCAACGCCAACAAAGUGGGUGCCACCGGCACCGCGGGCCGCCCCACCUCCGACAAAAGCCCGGCUCCGGGGCGCCCCGCCGCCGCCCCAGGUCCUGGAGGCCCCGAGGCGGCAGCUGCCUCCGCGGCCCACGCAGCCACCACCACCGUCGCGGCCGCGGCGGCUGCUUCGUCAGCGUCGCCGCCACUGGGCCAGGCGGUCCUUCUUCGCCAGAGGCACGGCUCAGGCACUGGCCCUAGCUCCGCCACAGACCCACUCCUGCCCCUGCUCCUGCUAGCUCUGCAUAAGUUCCUUCGCCUGCUGGUGGGGCACUGACGGCCACAGCCAUCCUGCGCACCUCAGCGGCCCCGCACGGCCUGCCCGGACCCGGUGUGAGGCCUGCAGCUACAAACGGACACAGAGAGACUGAGAGAAGCAUGACAAAGUCCACGUGGAAAAUAAAUAAAUCAUAUUUUUGGGGGAGGUUACACAAACGUAGAACACCUAAAAUAAUGCAUCUAGUUUCCAAAUAAGAUGGAAUUUGGACCAUGCGGUAUGCAUGGGAUCGGUGAUUACUUCAAUGUAUUUUUCUUUUCUAAACUUUUCCUCCAAGUCUUCAUUUUGCACGAACUGUUGAGCAGUUAUCUUUAGGAUACUAUGUAAAAAUGUUGGGUCAAAGCCUUUUUGACAAAGCAAAAUAUUUUUAGUAGAUUAUUGUGUUUAGGGAUUUUUUAUUUACUUUUUUUCUUUGGGGGCUUUCCUUUUUUUUAUUAAAGUAAAUUAUUUCUUUUGAGACAUUUUGAUUAAGAAAAGAUACAUCUUAUCAUAAUUAAAAUUCACUGUCAAUAAUAUUUAUUUUUAAAUAAAGAUUGGAAACAAGGUCAGACACUUGUUUAUAAACUGUAUUGUAUAUUGCUGAUAACAAUUGAAUAAAAAACAACUUUGAAAUAA